CGCCAUCAUGUUUUUCUGGUACGACGCCUUCGAACCUGACUAUAUACGUGUGGAUGGAGUCUCCUCCCAGCGCAACAGUAUCCAAUUGGAGAAGGCUGCUGUUCUCUUCAACCUUGGCGCCGUAUGCAGCCAGAUUGGAGCCUCUUGCGACCGCACCACCGUCCUUGGCCGUCACCUUGCAAUCGAAGCCUUCAAUGCCGCCGCCAAUUUCUUCUUGAAACUCUGGAAGGUUUUUGCCAAGGACGUCUCCGCCAACCUCUUCGCCGAGAGUCUUCACUGCAUCUUCUCCGCUCAGGCUUUGGAGCUCAAUUUACAGCAACACCUCCACAACAACAACAACAGUUCGGCUCUCCAGAAACAUCAAUGUGCCGUUUCGUUUAAAUCGGUUUCUGAGCAUUAUCGGAGAGCGUAUGAUCUGAUACAACGUGAUUCGGUCUCCUCAUUUGACCGAACCUGGAUAGAUCAUCUUUACCAGAAGGUGAAAUUCUUUGAGGAGGAGGCUCUUCAGAGGGCAUCAUCCAUCCUACCCAAAUCUCAGCUACCUAAAACAUUCUCAUUUGAUCAUGAUGCAGAAUCUGUCACUGGAAAAUUAGUAAAAGGGAUUUGCGCGCGCAUGUACCAGUGGAUACCCAAGCGAGAAGGAAUAUACCUUGACCUCAUCCUUUCCGAGUACAGCCCUUUCAAGAUUAUGGAAGGUGGAAAGCUGGUGGCUAACCCAUGGGACAUGCCUCCUCCUUAUCCAACAAAUUUUUCAAUCCCCUCAUCUUCGUCUUCCACACAUAUUCUGGCAUUUCCUUUGAAGAAGAGUAAGCCCUUGGACCUGUACGAGUCCCUGCGCAAUUACUUUGUCCUCAAAUACUCUGAAAGCGUGGCAAACAGAUCAGAACGCUUUCUGGAAAUGCUAAACAAAUUGCGUAGUGAAAUGCUGCGUGAUGACCUCUCUCUACCCAUGCGGCGUGACUUCCUCAUCCGCUAUUUGAAAUGGCUUUGCAUGAUUGAGCCUUUGUUCCCUAUGACAACCUCACUCAACCCACCUAUCUUUGUUUGGUACAAUGCCUUCUUCCCAAAAAUGAAAUCUUCUCAACACAACAUCCAUUUGGAGAAGGCCUCUGUUCUCUUCAACCUGGGAGCCCUUGGCUCCCAAAUUGCUCACUCCUGCGAUGUCACCACCAUCCAAGGCCGGCGCAUUGCCAUAGACGCCUUACAUGAUGCUUCAUAUUGGUUCUUAGUACUAACGCAUGAGGCUGAGAAGGCAUCUGCCACUGACUUGUCAAUAAGCUGCGCCCAGAUGCUGCGCCAGUUAAUAACCGCUCAGAUUGCUUACUUGGAAUGCGAGUUUCCUCAUUCCCAUUCCCAUAGUGGUGGAUCAUCAUUACCUAGUUAUCCUGUCUCUCUGCUUUAUCGGAAAAUUCAUGAUCUGAUGACAUUUGGACCUUUAGCUGAGAAGCUUGUUCAAUCCUCGAUACCUCAAUUUAUUGAGUCGAAGAUGAAAACCUGCCAUGUUCAAACUGGUCCUUUUGAUGUCACUGAACUAUUUCUUUCAGGGUAUUGUGAGGCUCAAUCCCUGCUUGGAGAUGGAUGUCAAACACCAUGCUUGGACUUUCUCUACGAGGUUGGCCCUUACAAGAUUAUGGAUGGAAUAUUGUUUCCAAUUUUAGAGGUAGUAACGUCGGCAUUGAAGGAGAUGAACUUGUCAGAGGACACUAUAAUAAAGAGACAAAGAACUGCAUAAGGGCUUGCUAUUUAUACUGCUUGAAGUCAUGCAUCAAGUGCCUUGAGAAGGAAUACAGAGGUCUUUGUAAAGUAUAGCAUCUUUUGUUUUUUCUAAAAUUAGCUUUACUGUUUUCUUUUAUUCAAAGUUUAUAUGUUUACUUAUUCUGCUGAAUUAAAA